AUGAUCAAGCCUCAGGAAUAUGUCCCAUCCGACAAAGAACAAGCAUUUCUCGAGUCCAUCGAGGAUGUCCAGUACAAGCGUGAGAUCAUUAACGGGCUCAAGCCCUUCCUCGAUGAGAAGGCCCCAGAGGACAUGCGGGAGUUCUACAGCUCUCAAGAACUCGUCCAGCUCGGCGGUCUCAAAGGCAGUGACCGUGAUGUCGAAAAACGGAUGCCUGUGAAGGUGACCCGUCACUUCUUCGAGCUCGCGACCAAGAGUAAACCGCUCCAGCGAUUGGUCAAAGCGAGCCCAGACGAGACCAUGGAUCUCGCGGGAUCAGAAGAUCCAGGCAACCAAAUGGACUAUGCACCUGUAGAGGGUCUCCUCCAUAAAUACGAGAUGGGACUGCUCUAUGUCGUCUCCACAUGUUCAGCACACUGCCGAUUCUGCUACCGCGAAGAGCUGAUCGCUCGCAAGGAAAUCAAGCGUGCCGACGGGACUGUCGCGAAGAAGGGACUCGCAAAGAUCCCAGAAGUGACCGGCUAUGUCCGCGCAUUCAACGAAGCCGUCGCAAAGAACGGCGGACGGCACCCAGUCUGUGGCCGAGAGAAGCUCCGCGAAGUCUUGCUCUCCGGCGGUGACCCGAUGGUGCUCAAUAACUCGAAAAUCGGUGCUUGGCUCGCCGCACUUGCAGAAGCCGGAGUUGAGUCCAUCCGUAUCGGUACCAAAGAAAUGGCGUUCUAUCCGCAACGCUUCGAUGAGACCUUCUUUGCGAUGCUCGAUCAGUUCCACGAAGCGUACCCACAUGUUGGUCUGCACAUCAUGAUCCACUUCGAGCAUCCAGACGAGUUCCUCAUGAAGGAUGACGAUGGCAACUAUGUCUACGACGAGAACGGCGUCCUCCAAUGGGUCCCAGAAACUGGCGCUGCGAUCCGUGGCGUUCUGGAUCGUGGUUGGAUCACGGUUGAAAACCAGACUCCGAUCAUCAAAGACAUCAACGAUGAUCCGGACGCUCUUCGAAUCAUGCAGCGUGAGAUGAAGCGUGUGGGUGCUGAGAAUCACUACUUCUUCUGUGGUCGAGACAUCGUUGCUUACAAAGCAUUCAACAUCCCGAUCGAAGAAUCGUGGAGAAUCCUCAACGAGUCGCAAAAGGGACUCUCCGGGGUCGAAACACACGCGCGUCUCUCAAUCACGCACUACAAGGGCAAGACCGAGGUCAACGCAGUUACCAACGAGCCAAUCCCAGGUCUUAAAGGUAGCGAGAAUGGCGUCGUGAUUUUCAAACUCCUCCGAAAUGCACACGGCGCUCCGGAUCGUGGCAAGGUCUGUAUCGUUGGUCGGAACCCAGACGCGGUUUGGUUCAAUGACUAUGAAGAUCGUGUGCUUUUCGAUGAAGCGGGAUUGUUUGAUUACACACGUAUCGUAAUGAUCAACAAACAGGUGUCCAGCACCGCUGAUGCGGUCCGCGAUGUCUUCGACGGCGCCAAGGUUAUGGUCGGAGGAUUCGGCGAAGCCGGGAGCCCGAUCGAACUCAUCCACGCGCUGAUCGAUCAAGGUGCCAAGAAUCUCACCGUCAUCAGCAACAACUGCGGCAGUGGUGAGGUCGGUCUCGCAGCGCUCCUUAAAGCCGGUCGUGUUUCCAAGGUGAUCUGCUCUUUCCCACGCACCGCAAACUCGACCGUCUUUCCUGAUCUGUAUCACAGCGGGAAGAUCGAGCUUGAGUUAGUCCCGCAAGGAACGCUCGCUGAGCGCAUCCGUGCUGGUGGAGCCGGGAUCCCAGCGUUCUAUACACCCGCGGCUGUGGGGACACCACUCGCAGAGGGCAAAGAAUCUCGCGAUUUCGAUGGGAAGACCUAUCUCAUGGAACUCGGUCUCAAAGCUGACUUCGCACUCAUAAAGGGGCGAGCCGCGGAUACCCAUGGCAAUGUCGUCUACAACAAAACCGCUCGCAACUUCGGUCCGAUCAUGGCAAUGGCAUGCGAAGUUGCGAUUGUGCAAGCCGAGCAAAUCAUUGAGCCUGGAUCUAUCGAUCCUGAGAUCGUAGUAAGCCCUGGGAUUUUCGUGAAUCGCGUCGUGCAGACAGAAGCAAUCGGACGCACCCGCGAAGAAAUGGCGCAACGGCUCGCGAUGGAUAUUCCCAACGGGUCAUAUGUGAAUCUCGGGAUUGGGAUCCCAGAACUUGUUGCUCGAUUCGUACCAGAGGGACGCACACUCAUCUACCACACCGAGAACGGCUUGCUUGGAAUGGGACCCUCUCCUGCAGUAGGCGAAGGGGAUCCCGAGCUUAUCAACGCUGGGAAGCGGUAUGUGACGACGAAUCCAGGAGCCGCUUUCUUCCAUCACGCUGACAGCUUCGCGAUGAUCCGAGGCGGACACAUUGACCUUUGCGUACUCGGCGCUAUGCAGGUCUCAGAAGCAGGCGACCUCGCGAAUUGGUCCACAGGAGCACCCGACGCGAUCCCAGCAGUGGGGGGUGCGAUGGAUCUUUGUGCCGGAGUGAAAUCCGUCUAUGUCAUUACUCAACAUACCACGAAGCAAGGCGAGCCCAAACUGGUCGAAUCGUGCACCUAUCCGCUCACAGGACGCGGAGUGAUCACACGCGUGUACACCGAUCUCGCGGUCAUCGAGAUCACAUCCAGUGGAUUCCAACUCAUCGAGCUGAGUCCCGGAGUGGAGUUCGACUAUGUGCAAGAGCGAACCGUCAAUCGAAGUGCUGAACUCUACGAGAGGGCCUGCAAAGUCCUUCCCGGCGGUGUGAGCCGAAACACAGUCCUCAGAGAUCCAUACCCGGCUUACGCGAGUCAUGGAGAGGGGUGCCGCAUCGUCGAUAUCGAGGGUGUGUCCCGCAUCGACUUUGCCAACAACAUGGCAUCACUCAUUCAUGGACACGCAGAUCCUGACAUCGUUGCUGCAGUUUCAGAGCAACUGAAAAAGGGGAGUGCGUUCACCAUGGCGACUGAGGUCGAGGUGCAAUACGCAGAGCACCUCUGCUCAAGGAACACAGGAUUCGAGAAGCUCCGAUUCGUCAACUCCGGAACCGAAGCGAUCAUGGUCUCGCUCAAAGCGUCCCGCGCAUUCACAGGCAAAGCAAAGAUUGCGAAAGCCGAGGGCUCGUACCACGGCGGAUACGACUACGCAGAAGUGAGCCAAGCUCCAAACCCUGAAACUUGGGGUGAACUUGAUCAACCAAACAGUGUUCCGCUCGCACACGGCACACCCCGAUCAGCACUCGAUGAUGUCAUCAUCAUCCCGUACAACGACAUCGAAAGAUCCAUCGCGAUCCUUGAGAAACACAAGAACGAUCUCGCGUGUGUGCUCCUAGACCUGAUGCCGCACCGCGUCGGGCUCAAUCCGGCGAAUACAGACUUCGCACAAGCGAUCCGAAAAUGGACACAAGAGAACGGCGUGCUUCUCGUUCUCGACGAGGUCAUUACGUUCCGUUGUGGACAUGGCGGGCUUCAAUCACGCUUCGGGAUCACCCCAGAUCUCACCGCGAUGGGGAAGAUGAUCGGAGGAGGAUUCCCAAUUGGCGCCCUCGCGGGACGAAGCGAUGUGAUGGAAGUGUUGAAUCCGAAAGCAAAGAAAGUGCUAUUCCCCCAUUCGGGAACAUUCUCAGCAAAUCCGAUCACACUCACAGCUGGAUUGGUUGCCAUGGAGAAGUUUGACGACAUCGCAGUAGAUCGUUUGAACGCGCUCGCACAUCGCGCCAUGGAAGGCAUCAAUGUUGCGAUCCGCGAGACAGGAAUCAACGCAUGUGUGACCGGCGACGGUUCAAUGUUCCGCGUGCAUAUGAAAGCACAUCCGCCGCACAACUUCCGCGAAGCAUACAUGUCUCCUGACGAGAGCGCCAAGAUCAAGUUCAUGCUCGAUCAUUUGUUCGACUCUGGAUUCGUGAUGAUCAACACCUGCUCAGCAACGAUGUCUACACCAAUGACGGAGCAAGAUAUCGAUGCACUUGUUGAUGCGAUCAAGGAUGGAUUCGAAAAGAUCGUAGACAUCAUCAAUGAUCCCACCAUCAAUACCGCUCCGUUGUACCACUGCACGGAUCACAUGGGCCGCAAGAUCAUCAGGAAUGCGUAUGCAAUUCUGAUUUGUCGCAUGGAAUCAACGAUUUGGACACCGCUACGCAUACCAUUGACCGAUGACGCAGACUUGGAAUCUUGCUGCACCGGAUGCACCGCGAUUGUGUGCGAGCACGAUGCUAUUGCCGGAGUGGAUGUGCGGGGCGGAGCAACAGCUUCGCACGAGAUUGAACUGCUCAAUCCUACAGGAUUGGUCGAUCGUGUCCAAGGGAUCAUGCUGACCGGCGGAUCAGCGAUGGGACUCGCAUGCGCCUCCGGAGCAUCUCGUUUCAUGCGUGAACAGGGGCGUGGAUUUCAGACCAAUCAAGGCGUAGUUCCCAUCGUCCCCACCGCGGCGAUUUAUGAUCUCGGAAUAGGCGUUUCAGCGGCGCAUCCCGAUGCUCAAUCGGGGUAUGAAGCUUGCCGAAUCGCGAGCAAGAAAUCCCUCAGCGGUUGCAUUGGAGCUGGGACAGGAGCUGUUGUCGGAAAGAUAUUUGGUCAUACCCGUGCGACCAAAUCAGGUUUAGGAUCGGCGGGUUGGGAAACGGAUGAUGGACUCCAAGUCGGCGCAUUGGUCGUUCUCAACGCAUUCGGUGAUGUCAGGCAUCCAGAAACCAAUAAGAUCCUCGCCGGCGCUCGAAGUGAUGAUGGUGUCCCGAUAGACAGUCAGCACGCAUACAUGAUGGGACACCAAGACCCGAUCAUGUUCGGGUCAAAUACCACGCUUUGCGUCAUCGCGACGAACGCAAAGCUUGAUAAGACCGAGACGAGCAUUGUCUCCCGGAUCGCUCAAACAGGCGUAACCCGUGUGGUCACGCCAUGCCACACACAGUACGACGGCGAUAUGGUGUUCGGGCUCUCAUUGGGGGAAGGAACGCACGAUGUGAAUCGCGUAGGAAUACUCGCAUCCAUGGUUGUGGAAGCCGCGAUUGUUGAUGCAAUCCGAGAAGCAGGAGAAACACUCGUUGAGCGGACCGCAAAUGAUGCUGAGUUGUGUGCUCAGCUCAGGGAAAAUGGCUGCCCGAUUAAGCCAUAUAUGGGGAGCAUCCAGAAUCAAACGCUCGCGCAUCAACUCGGACUCCGCUACAUCGCUCCCGACAACCAACUCGUCGAUCGACUCAAUCACAAGAGUAAUCUCGAUCAGAUUUUACUGGAGAUUGGACUCCCCCGUAUCCCGACUGAAGUCAGCACCCGAGAUCAGAUCGUACACGAUGCUCGUUUAGCGUUCGAGGAGCAUGGCUCACUGAUGAUCCGUUCUGAUCUCAGCAUCGGUGGGCACGGCGUCUGGAGAAUCGAAAACACUCAAGACAUUGAUCAACUCGCAGAUGGAGUAAAGUCAGCAUGUCCUGAUCGCAAGUUCAUUUGGCAACCACUCAAAGCGGUCACCAACUCACCCAAUGUGCAAUACGAAAUCACGGAUGAUUCAUGCACAUUGCUUGGAAUCUCCGCUCAACAGAUGACCGAGAGUUUCGCGUUUGGCGGCAAUAAUUUCCCAAGCCCACUUUCGAAUAACCAGUCAAUUCUCGAUCAAUCCCAAGAAACAGCCCAAUGGCUCCAAACGCAAGGCUACCGAGGACUCAUGGGAUUGGACUUCAUUGUCACUACAAAUCAAGAAGUCUAUAUCGUCGAGAUCAAUCCAAGGGUCAACACAUCCACCUUUCCUCUGGUAUUGAGUCAUCAUCUUGGAGUGGAGGCUUUCAAACUCAUGACGGGAUGGGGUCAUCCCACUGAUGAUCCCGACCAAAGAUCGGAGCGCCCCAUGAAAUCAAGCACGCUCAUCAAGAUCGCUCAUCAGCACGGCACACCUGUCUAUGUAUACGACGGCGGCGCUAUACGAUCCACAGUUCAAACUCUGACGGAUGCUCUCCAUGGAGAAGUGGAGGUGUAUUACAGCAUCAAAGCGAAUCCAGCUUUAGCGGUGUGUUCAUUGAUCCGUCAAUCGGGAGUAGAUGGAGCCGAGAUCGCAUCGAGUGGCGAGCUCGAAGCUGCGAUUGCAAGCGGGUAUGACCCAGAUAGCCUACUCUUUGCCGGCCCAGGAAAGACAGACGAAGAACUCCGCCUAGCGAUCGCUGCAGGAGUGGGGCAGAUCAAUGCGGAAUCGAUCCAUGAGAUCCGUCGAAUUCAAUCAAUUGCUCAAGAGCAGAGCAAGAAACAGCGUGUUGGUGUCCGUGUUAACCCAGACACAGAUUCAUCCAAUCCAGCGCGGAUCUCCACAUCCGGUGCUGGACAGAAGUUCGGAAUCAACGAAUCCCAAACGAUUUCAGCGAUUCGCGAGAUCAAUGAGUCGUCACAUCUGAGUUUCACCGGCAUCCACACCAUGCUUGGUUCACAGAUCCUCAACACUCAUACUCUGAUAAGAAACUGCAAAUCGACCAUCUCAAUGGUCACUCGAAUUGCUCAAGAACUGAGACUCCCUAUUCCAUCGAUCAACUUCGGAGGGGGCUUGGGUGUCCCACAUACUGAGGAUGACGAUCAGUUUGAUAUCAGCGACUUCGGACGCGAGUUGGUUCAACUGGUGAAUGAGAUCAAAGCUGUUCAGCUGUUCCAGGAUUGCCGAUUCAUGAUCGAGCCUGGGAGAAUCCUUGUUUCCAAGCACGGCAUCUACCUCGCGAAGGUCAUCGAUGUCAAAGAAUCGGAUAACUCGAACAUCGCAAUUCUCGAUGGUGGGAUCAAUCACGCACUGCUCCCAAUCACGGCGAACCAGUAUCAGGUCGAAGUGAUCAACCGAAAGCCGACAGAAAGCACAACCCCGAUCACCAUCGGGGGACCACUCUGCACCUCCGCUGACCAGUGGCGAUCUCAGGUCCAACUCAGCGAUGUUCAGAUCGGAGACCUGAUCGCGAUGCAGAACGCCGGCGCGUAUGGACUCACCGCUUCCAUGACCAAGGAUGCCUCCAUCAUGGGCAUGAAUCACUUCUACACGCUGCGAAGCGUGCUGUGGAUGAUCACGGAAAAUCAGGAUCUUGAACUCGCUGAGAACGCAGGCGUGGAUGUUGUCUUCGCACCAGAAGUGUUCGGCAUGUACCCUGAAGCACGAGAUCUCGAUUGGAUAUUUAAUCUUCAGAACGGGGAAUCCGGACCUCGGGAUCAUGAGCGAUUCACAAUUGAUCAUCCAAGAGAUUCUUCGGAGUUCGAGUAUGUGCGUGUUCCCCAGCGCUUGACUCAUCGCAUGGAUGGGAUUGACCAUCCCUGGCACUUUGAUGGCGUUGCAACAGUCGUGCGAAGACUAUUUGAGAUUGUCCAUCCGGAUACUUCGUACUUUGGACUCAAAGAUAUCCAGCAGCUCGCAAUCUUGCGAUCAUUGAAUCUUUGGAUGGAUUCUCCGACGAAGAUUGUUCCAAUCCCAGUAGUUCGAGAUCACGAUGGGCUCUCGUCAAGCUCGCGACUGGUCUUGCUUGAUGAUGAGCAGCGCACCAUUGCAUGUCAGGUUGUCAAGCUCCUGAAUGAAGCGUUCCUGCAUAUCAGAUCAUCGAGAUACUCGGUUGUUGAUGUGUUGCAAAAGUUUUAUGAUGCGUGCGAGUCUAUCGAAACUGAGGACAACACGCUCGAGAUUGAUGCAUUGACCUACUCGGAUUCAACAACACUCGAAGAUCUCAAUGAGUAUUCAAUUGAUGGGGUGCUUUAUCUUGCCUACAUCAUCAAUGGGAUCCGGCUCGCCGAAACGCUCAGCCCAUAA